AUGCCGCCCGCGGGGCGACCCGCCAGCCCGCCCGACGGCGGCUGGGGCUGGGUGGUGGUGCUUGGAGCUUUCGUUUCUAUCGGAUUCGCGUACGCCUUUCCCAAGGGCAUCGCGAUCUUCUUCAAAGAAAUCCAGGGUUUCUUUGGCACGUCCUAUAGCGAGGUCGCGUGGGUCUCUUCGAUUAUGUUGGCCACGACGUACGGCGCAGGUCCUAUAAGCAGUAUUUUAGUAAACCGCUAUGGCAGCCGACCCGUGGUUAUGUUCGGAGGUCUGCUCUGUGGCAUAGGGAUGGUCUCAGCUGCCUUCUGCACCAGUAUCGUGCAGCUCUACAUCUGCGUGGGCUUCAUUACAGGAUUUGGCCUUGCUCUCAACCUCCAGCCAUCCGUGAUAAUCAUAGGGAAAUACUUUUUAAAAAGAAGACCCAUUGCAAAUGGCCUGGCUAUGGCGGGGAGCCCCGUGAUGCUUUGUACCCUGGCUCCUCUCAACCAGUUCCUUUUUGACAAUUUUGGCUGGAGAGGCAGCUUUUUAAUUCUUGGGGCAAUUUUACUAAACUGCUGCGUGGCAGGAGCUCUCUUCAGGCCUAUUGGGGUGGCCAAACAAUCGGUCAAAAAACAGAUGACUGAGGAAGGGAAGGAGACUCCAAAAGAAGAGGUCACUAAGACGUCGACGGAAAUGAGCAAUCCUACAUACGCCCCUGCGGAGGCCAAACCAGAAGAGGAAGAAGAAAAGGACUGUUGUGAAAAAAUCAAUCAGUAUCUUGAUUUUUCCCUCUUUAAGCACAGAGGGUUCUUGAUUUACCUGAUUGGAAACGUUCUCAUGUUCCUGGGGUUUUUUGCCCCCAUCGUUUUCCUGGCACCAUAUGCAAAGCACAUCGGCAUUGAUGAAUAUUCAGCCGCUUUCCUCCUUUCGAUUCUUGCCAUCGUGGAUAUGAUCGCCAGGCCUACCACCGGCAUCAUCGCGAAUAGCAAGUGGGUGAGGCCGAAGAUUCAAUAUUUUUUCAGCUUUUCCAUUGCUUUCAACGGUGCCUGCCACCUGUUGUGCCCCCUGGCUUCAGGCUACACAGGGCUCGUCGUUUACUCCAUCUUUUUCGGCUUGGCCUUCGGCAUGGUCUGCGCCAUGCUUUUUGAGACGCUCAUGGACCUCGUGGGAGCCACCCGGUUCACAAGCGCCGUUGGCCUGGUCACCAUUGCGGAGUGUUGCACGAUCCUGCUUGGGCCACCGAUCGGAGGAACUCUUAUUGAUACCUUUGGGGACUAUAAAUAUAUGUUCAUUAAAUGUGGAGCUGUGAUGGUCUUAGCAGGAACAUUCCUAUUCAUCAUGAAUUACUAUAAUUAUCGUAUGCUUGCCAAAGAGGAAAAGGAAAGAAAGGCAAAAGAAGAGGAUCCUAAAAUUGUAAGGACAGAAAAUGAAGGCAGAAGUAACUGGAACAAAGAAACCCUACAUGAUGGGCUUGAGCUGGAACCUUUGAGAGAUGAACGAGAUGGACUAAAGACCGAAGUGAACGGCACAAAUGAAGUUUAA